UUGCAGUUGCAGUCUCUUGAGCUCUGAGUGUCGGUGUGUUCAGAGCUCUACAUUCGACUCUGAGGAGGAACAGAUUUUAUUUUCUGUCUGUCCUCCAUCUCCUGAAUCAUCCCUCCAUCCUCAGCUCUCCCGUCAUGGCUCCAUCAGUCGUCGUCCUCCUCCUCUGCCUGCUGGGCCCCGCCGGCUCUCUGCCUCCUCCACGGACCUCCUUCCUCCUCAACUCCGCAGACAGACCUCUGGUCCACUUCGGUCCCCCCGAUGUCCACAACACCACCACGCUGUUGCUCAGCAACGAUGGCUCCACCCUGUACGUCGGGGCGCGAGAUGCUGUCCUCUCAUUGGACGUUAGUCAGGGUGAUGUCAUCAGCCUGAAGGGGAAGGUGGAGUGGCGUCCGUCACAGGCCGAGGUGAACAGCUGUCAGGAUAAAGGGAAGAACCCAACGGUGGACUGUCCAAACUUCAUCCAUGUGUUACAGCCGAUAAACUCCACCCAUCUCUACGCCUGUGGCAGCUACGCCUACAGCCCCCAUGAAGCCUACAUCGAAGCUGAAAGCUUCUCCAUGCUCCAACAUGACGGUGCCAAAGGUCGCUGUCCCUUCAGCCCCUUCCAGAGGAACACCGCCAUCAGCGUCGACGGAGAGCUGUUCACCGCCUCGAUGACGGACUUCAGAGGAGUCAAACCACAGAUUUCUCGACACUUCAGCAAAAAUAAUCGCCCAGACGUGAACCUGGACCUGUCAGUCAGUUUACUGGAGGAGCCAGUGUUUGUGAGCUCGACGUCGGACCCAGCAGAGAAGAAACUCUACUUCUUCUUUACUGAAGUCGGGAACGAGUUCAGCUUCGUGGACGAUCUGAAAAUGGCCCGAGUGGCACAAGUCUGCAAGGACGAUGUUGGUGGACAGAGGACUCUGCAGAAGAAGUGGACGUCCUUUGCCAAAGCCUCUCUCCUCUGUCAGUCUCCCAAACAGCUUCCCUUCAAUGUUCUCCAGGAUGUGUUCACCCUGCAGCCACCAGAGGGCAGCAGCAGCUUAGACACCCUGUUCUACGGCGUCUUCUCCUCUCAGUGGUCCUUAGGUCCACAGUCUGCAGUUUGCGUCUUUAGGCUGCAGGACAUCAGGACGGUGUUUGCUGGGAGCUACAGGACCUUGGACCUGGAGACUCACCAGUGGAAGCCGCUGCUAGAAAAACACUGGUACCUGGGAAAGUGUGGGCUGGGCAAUGCCUCAGAUUCUGAUUUAGCAGAGGUGAAGAGGAGCUUCCUGACCAGCAGCGAUGUAAAACCAGUCACAGACGGUCCAGUCGUGGUUUCUUCAGGGCAGCGAUACAGUCGCGUGGCUGCAGUAAGGACGGAGGCAGCCAAUGGCAAAGAGUAUACCGUCCUUUUCCUUCUUACAGAGUCUGGAUUCCUGCACAAAGUGGUUCUGUUUGAUCAGGGCGCUUCGCUCAUUGAGGAGAUUCAGGUCUUCAGAGAACCUCAGCUGGUUAAAAGCAUCGUGCUCUCCUCCACCAAGGGAGUAGUUUAUGUGGGGACCUCUGAAGGCGUGACGGCUGUACCCGUGGCCAAAUGCUCCAUCUACAGAAGCUGCAGCCAGUGUGUUCUGGCCAGAGAUCCUUUCUGUGGAUGGAGUCUGAGCAGGGAGGUCUGCUCUGCUCUGGACAGCAGUUCUGAUGCGAUGGUUCAAGACCUGGAAAAUGGCAACGUGGAAGAGAAAUGUCAGCGACAAGCCAGAGCCAGUCAGAGCGCAGAGGUCAGCGUUCAUUUGAAUGAAGUGGUGAGACUUCCGUGUCUGAAACCUUCCAACCUGGCCACUCUGACCUGGACCUCCCCUCAGUUUGAAAACCUGACAGAGAAACUGUUCAUCCAAUCAGCUGACGGCAGCCUUAGCUUCCUCGCCGCCGCCGCCACCUUUGGGACCUACCACUGUGAGGCAGAGGAAGACGGCUACAAGGUGGUGGUUGCGAGCUAUACGGUGGGACAGAUGGCUUCUCCGCGCUUCAUGAACCCCUCAUCACAUGGGGACAAGCACCAUAUGUCCAACAGUGAAGACGGGUUUUAUGAAGACAUCAUAACUGAGGAACCACUCAAUCCUACGAAACUACCCUCAGGAGACGCACAGGACGGAGGUGAUGAAUUCACAACCAAUUUUAAUGACAAGACCGCCGCCAGUAAAGAAGGUUCUGGUUUGAAAAGCAGCGUUGAUGGUCUGAACCUCACUGCGACCUCCAGAACAGACACCUGGUCCGGGCAGCAGCCGGUUGAGAAGAGUUACUUCAGUGAGCUGGUUGUCGUCUCGCUCCUGCUGGUGAUCUGCAUCUGCGUCCUGGUCCUCGCAGGGGUCCACACGUGGCGCCAAAGGAAAACUGGCCUCAAAAUGGAUCCUCUGGUCGGUCGGGAACUCAGUCCUGAGCUGAAGGUGGUGGAGUAACAGAGUGGGCUCUUCCCACUUUGUGCAAGUUGCAUCAGGAACUUUGUGCUGAUCAGAAAGAUCAAUACUGAGUGAUCUUAUGAGGUUUUUAGAGAUUUUAAGAUUUUGAGUUUGUUUUCCAAGUUGUGACUGAAGGAGGUUUUAUUUCAGAUAUGGAGCAGCUCAGGGCGCCUUCGCUGAAAAGCUAAAAACAGAAAAGUAGAACUAGAUUCAUAUUUCUUAGAGUUUCAGUUUGAACAUCAGCUUCAUUUUUAAACUCACUGGUGCUUCCUCCAGUUUUGCUUUCACUUCUGAAGAAGACAGAAUCCUAACUUAAGGACAAUUUAAGUUAGGAUAGACAACUGCUCCGGGGCCCAGGACCCCCAGAGGCCCCAGGAGCGGCAUUGUGUUUUUAUUUGUUUCAUAGUGACGUUUAAAUGUUUUGUUUAAGUUUUGGGGAUAAUUUUGAUAAAUAAUCAGUUUGAAAAUCAGCGAGAAAAUAAACUGAAUCCUUCACUGA